AUGCAAUCCCCAGCUUCAGAUCUCGAAUCCCAGAAGGAGCCUCCCGAGAACCCUGAUAUCUUUCUUGAGGGUCUACCAAACGGGCUCGACACUGAUGCCAACAUUCAAUCCACUCAUCCCCGAUUUGAAGGUGGUCGUGACGCAGGGCACCGAUUGCCGAUCGAGUUUCGAACUUUAAGCAUACAUGUCGACACUCGCGCAACCAUCGGGGGAGACAAGGACAAGCCGCGCGCAGCUGCUGUUAAAGAGCUUGUGUCAUUGGACUGGCACAAAAUUUCGACAGAAGAGGCACUACGGCGCUUAGGAGUAUCUCCUGUGACUGGUUUGGAUACGACUCAAGCACAACGCCGGCUCAAGACUGGUGGAAAGAAUGUCAUCUCGCCUCCCAAAAACAACUACUUCCGCAAGGUUCUUGAAUGGGUUCUCGGCGGAUUCGGAAGUCUUCUUCUGGUGGCUAGCAUUGUCUGUUUUAUCGCUUGGAAACCACUUGGUAAACCAAAACCUGAAGUAUCUAACCUCGCACUGGCCGUCGUACUUUUACUGGUUCUGGUUAUACAAGCUUUUUUCAACGCCUGGCAAGACUUUUCUACCUCCCGAGUCAUGUCAUCUAUCAAGGGCAUGCUUCCGUCAGACGUCAUGGCACUUCGCAACGCCGUACAAGAGAAAAUACCAGCGAGUGAAUUGGUAACUGGGGAUUUAGUGUACAUUUCUAUGGGCGAGAAGGUUCCGGCCGAUCUGAGGUUAAUCGAGGUCAGUAUGGAUUUGCAAUUCGAUAGAAGCAUCUUGACGGGAGAAAGCGAAGCUGUUUCUGGAAGAGUUGAUAUGACUGAAGAGAACUUCCUCGAGACCAAGAACGUCGCUCUUCAGGGUACUCACUGCGUCAAUGGCUCUGGCUUGGGUGUCGUCAUACAAACUGGCGACAGAACAGUUUUCGGUCUUAUUGCAAAGCUUUCGUCCGUGGAAACAAAGGGGUUAACUACUUUGCAGCGCGAGCUCUUUCGGUUUGUUGGAAUUAUUGCUGGUAUGGCCACUAUCGUCGCUGCUAUUAUCGUGAUUCUCUGGGCUGCAUGGCUUCGAAGGUCAUUCCCAUCAUACAUCAAUGUUUCAAACCUCUUGAUAGAUGUCGUAUCCGUGAUGGUGGCGUUCAUACCCGAAGGAUUACCCGUGGCUGUUACACUCUCCCUGGCCAAGGUCGCUAGUAGGUUAGGCAAACACAAGGUCCUAUGCAAGUCUCUAUCGAUUGUUGAAACACUGGGUUCAGUGAAUGUCUUGUGCUCCGACAAGACCGGCACCCUUACACAGAAUAUAAUGCACGUUGAGAACGUGGCAGUCCUUGACGUGGUGUUUGACAGCAAAGACUAUCCGAGCACCGUUUCGAGUUCGAGCUCAGAUGUAGCUGCGAACCUGUCCCAAAUCGUUGCAGCUGCAUCUAUCUGCAACACUGCGGUCUUCGAUGCAGGUACAGGGUCAACCGACGAGAAGAAAGAGAGGGUUAUUGUCGGUAACGCCACAGAUGUGGCAAUUUUUAAAUUCGCCGAUUCCGUCGCUUCUGUGGAUGACACUCGUCGUAGAUGGGAGGAGGUUUUUAGAAUGAAUUUCAAUUCCAAAACAAAGUUUAUGCUCAUACUGUCCAAGCUUGCACCCUCAGUCUCGCUUGACGAUGGUUUAGUCGCUCCUUUGGCUCCUUGGGAUGAAUUCACGCCUACUAGUUUCCUCCUCACGUCUAAAGGCGCCCCCGAGAUCCUCUUGCCUCGAUGUUCAUUUGUAUUGGACCCUGAGGGGGGUGCGCCCAUUCCCAUAAAUACUUCGAUCUGCGAAAAGAUAUGUGCGAUUCAAGAACGAUGGGCUGAAAAUGGUCAACGUGUCCUUCUCCUCGCUCGCAGGAUCAUCAAAGGCGAAUGUCUUACCCACGUCGAUCCCCACUCUGAAGAGUUUUCAGCAUUAAUCGAGGAGUACCACCGGGAUCUUGUUAUUGUUGGACUUGUCGGCUUGAUUGACCCUCUCAAACCAGACAUUAAGGACACAGUCAAGAUCUGUCGGCGUGCGGGCAUUCGUUUCUUCAUCAUCACGGGUGAUCAUCCAACCACAGCAGUUUCAAUUGCUGGCCAAGCGGGAAUUAUCACGGAUACCUCUACGGUUCAUCAUGCCUCCGACCUGGUCGCCCCUCUUGAUAGCAAGAUGCUGUCAUACGAUCCAGAUUUGGAUGAUCGUCGCUUGAAAGGCAUUGUCGUCACUGGGCCCGAGCUACAGACGCUCAAACCGGCGCAAGUCGAGCAGCUCUGCCAAUAUGAGGAAAUUGUUUUUGCCCGAACCACACCUGAACAGAAAUUGCGCAUCGUCAAUGACUUCAAGAGUCGCGGGAAUGUUGUCGCGGUGACUGGCGAUGGUGUUAAUGAUGCGCCGUCGUUGAAGGCAGCUGAUUGUGGAAUAGCAAUGGGCCAAGGUUCUGACGUCGCGAGGGAGGCCGCCGAUUUGGUCUUACUGGGCGAUUUUUCUUCUAUAGUAAUAGCUAUCGAAUUUGGUCGGCUUGUCUUUGAUAACCUCAAGAAGACCGUCUUGUAUCUUCUACCUGCUGGAAGCUUCUCGGAGUUGAUGCCUAUUUUAUUCAAUAUCCUAUUCGGUCUCCCUCAACUGCUCAGCAAUAUACAGAUGAUCGUCAUUUGUGUUGCCACCGACGUCCUUCCAGCUUUAAGCAUGUGCUUAGAGAAACCUGAAACAGGGCUGUUACAGCGCAAACCGAGAAACGUCAAGAAAGAUAGGCUCGUAAACUGGAAGUUGCUUCUACAGGCAUAUGGUUUCUUGGGCAUGUCGGAAACAUUGUGUGCGAUGUCUAUGUCCUUCUGGUACCUCAAGCGACAUGGUGUCCCAUUCUCGGCCCUGUUCCUCGGUUUUGGGAACUGGCCUGGGCUUACGGACGAGCUUCUUUUCACUGCGCAGAGUGUUUACUUCUUCACUCUGGUUAUUAUGCAAUGGGGGAACUUGUUUGCGACUCGCGGCCGACGUCUCAGUAUCUUCCAGCAUACACCUGCCUCUAACUGGUAUGUGUUCCCGGCGGCCGACAUGGCUCUUGUCCUCGCCAUCUUCUUCUCCUAUGUCCCCUGGUUUCAAAAGGUGUUUCAAACACGCCCCAUCCCUGUGGAGUUCUUCUUUAUCCCCAUCACCUUUGGCUUGGGCCUCCUAUUCCUUGACGAAAUGCGAAAAUACCUCGUUCGAGCAUACCCCGGUAGUUUUAUUGAUCGCAUGGCAUGGUAGAUUUCGAUUCCUCUCCACGCACUCUUUACGACACAGCCUUUUUAUCUUUCAAACUCUUUUGGUGGCAUUGUAGUCCUUAUUACAUAAAUGAGGUGGAAAUUAGUUUUGGUAGAAUUAGCAGAUAAGAAAGAAUUGAGUGGGAAAAAC